CGCUCCAGUCCAGUUCCCUUCCUCACCCCACCCCGCGGGCAAGAAAAAACUUCCCCAUCCAACGAUGAGGAGGCGGUGCCAGACUCCGGACAGGCGUGGAACCCGACGAAUGGCAAUCUAUAAAAAAGAGGGCUUGGGUCUGCCCCUUUCCUGCAGGAAAACCACUUCGGCUAACUCGAGCUCGGAGAGAGGAGGCGCAGGAAGAUCCUAGGAUCGACAGCAGAUCACAGCCUCAGCAGCCAUGUCUCGGCCCCUUACCGACCAGGAGAAGCGUAAACAGAUCAGCAUUCGUGGCAUUGUUGGAGUGGAGAAUGUGGCUGAGCUGAAAAAGGGCUUUAAUCGACAUCUACAUUUCACCCUUGUUAAGGACCGCAAUGUGGCCACUCCUCGGGACUACUACUUUGCCCUGGCUCACACUGUACGGGAUCACCUGGUGGGCAGGUGGAUCCGCACUCAGCAAUACUACUACGAAAAGGACCCCAAGAGAAUCUACUACCUUUCCUUGGAAUUUUACAUGGGCCGGACUUUGCAAAAUACCAUGAUCAACCUAGGACUACAGAAUGCCUGUGAUGAGGCAAUUUAUCAGCUAGGGCUUGACAUAGAAGAGCUAGAAGAGAUUGAAGAAGAUGCUGGUCUGGGCAAUGGAGGUCUUGGCAGGCUGGCAGCUUGCUUCCUUGAUUCAAUGGCCACCCUUGGGCUUGCAGCCUACGGUUACGGAAUACGCUACGAAUAUGGCAUUUUCAAUCAGAAAAUCAGAGAAGGAUGGCAGGUGGAAGAAGCUGAUGAUUGGCUAAGACAUGGAAACCCCUGGGAGAAGGCUCGUCCGGAGUACAUGCUCCCUAUUCAUUUUUACGGAAGAGUGGAGAAUACACAGACGGGUGUGAGAUGGGUUGAUACUCAGGUUGUUUUGGCUUUGCCCUAUGAUACUCCUAUUCCUGGUUAUAUGAACAACACGGUUAAUACAAUGAGACUCUGGUCUGCUCGAGCGCCCAAUGACUUUAAUCUCCGUGACUUUAAUGUUGGUGAUUACAUUCAAGCGGUGUUGGACAGAAACUUGGCGGAGAACAUUUCCCGCGUCCUCUAUCCAAACGAUAACUUUUUUGAAGGCAAGGAGCUGCGUCUGAAGCAGGAAUACUUUGUGGUAGCUGCCACCUUACAAGACAUUAUCCGACGGUACAAAGCCUCCAAGUUUGGGACUACUGAAAGUGUCCGGACUGCUUUUGAUUCCUUCCCAGACCAGGUUGCAAUCCAGCUGAAUGAUACACAUCCUUCCAUGGCUAUUCCUGAGUUGAUGCGCAUCUUCUUGGAUAUAGAGAAGCUGCCCUGGUCCAAGGCCUGGGAUAUCACUACAAAGACCUUUGCUUAUACAAACCACACCGUUCUCCCUGAAGCUCUUGAACGUUGGCCAGUUGAGCUGGUGGAGAAGCUGCUUCCAAGACACUUGCAGAUUAUCUAUGAAAUCAAUCAAAGACAUUUGGAUAAAAUCAGAGCCCUGUUUCCAACGGAUGUUGACCGCCUCAGGCGGAUGUCCUUGAUUGAAGAGGAAGGGGUCAAGCGUAUUAACAUGGCCCACCUUUGCAUUGUUGGCUCUCACGCUGUGAAUGGAGUCGCAAAGAUUCACUCCGAUAUCGUCAAAUCUCAAGUGUGAGUAGUGGUGUGUAUUUUGUUUGUGUAUAGCAACCUGGGACAAUUUCCUUUUACUUUUGCCAACAG